AUGGACACCCUAGUUUACCAUGGACCCAUAAGCCGCACAAGGUGUGAGGAGUUAUUGUCUAAAAAAAACAAGGAUGGGAGUUACCUUGUACGAGACAGUGAAACCAUCCAAGGUGCUCUAUGCCUGUGUGUUUACAAACACAGGAUAGUCUACACAUACCGGAUAUUACAGACCCAUCAUGGAUAUUUUACUUUACAGACUAGUCAAGGUGUUGAAGAGAUGUUCUUCAAGAACCUAGAUGAUCUCGUCAAGCAUUAUAAGAAAAGGAACCAAGGCCUUGCCACUCAUCUCCGUCAUGCUGUGAAGAGGAAAGAGAUGCUGCCGAACCCGCGCGUCCCCGACGAGGCGCCAGACUAUGAAAAUGUAGACGACACAUCAGAGUAUGUUGAGGUGCUCCCAUCGUGACUGGUGCUGGGGCAGUGGAUUUCCUCCUGCUCAGGGAUGGAUUACUGCACGGGCCUACCGGGCCCAGGCCCAGGGGCCCAAGGGGUCAGGGGGCCCUGAAGCCCAAGCCUUUGCAUGGAAUCAUUGCCUCAAUAUCAACAAAUCAGGAUGUAGGCUAUGAAUCUGAUUGAAUUUAGUAUUGGCCAUCAAAUGAUCAUCAAACUUCAAGAUGGAAGUUCAUAAAAAUGAA